GGCGAUAACGCGCGUGCAGCUCGGUGGAGUUCGGGCGCCGGUGGGGAGGACCGCUCUCAGUCCCGUCAGCGCGCGCUGGACGAGGGGAAGCACGCGCACUCCGCGUUGGGAUGACACGGGGACGGAUCGCUGAACAGAUGUAUAAAAACACACGCACUUUGCUGGGGCUCGGCAGCGAAACCUGGGUCUGACAUCUGUCGGGAGAAGAACAGAAAUCCGGACGCCGGGAAGCCCGAUUAUUUUUUAUCGCAUCUAUUUUUGAACUCAAGUUGCUUGGGGGCUGGGUUCCUCGCCGAUAUCUACAGAAAUGAAUAAUACCACGGAUGUUCACUACAUCCAGCCGAUUUUGUGUUAUAUCAUUGGGUAGCAGCUGACAGCGGUCGUCUAAACCAUCCGUAAAAAAAUAAUUUUAAAAAUCGCUUUAUGUGUUUGUUACACUUGUUUUGUAUGGAGUUGAACAUGUCUUGAGAGGAAAGAUUUGACAGAGAACAUGACUGACUACAGGGAGGAUGGAAUGGACCUGGGGAGUGACAGCUCAAGCCGCUCCAGCUCAGAGUCCAACUCCAACAAGGUGACCCCCUGCUCGGACUACAAGUCCCCCCCCAGCCUGGACCUGGUGACCCUGGAGGGCUAUGAGGAGGAUGAGGAUUACCAGGAGUACAAGAAGAAGGUCAUCGAGGAGUGGCAGAGCGAAUGUGGGGACUAUGGUGAGCGGCAGGGAGGCAGCGAUGGAGGAGGCGCGAGUCGAGAGCUGCUGAGGGGCCGCAGUCUGGCCGAGGAGCUCCAGGACGCCAAGGUGCCGCUGGCAUCGCUGGGCGGCCACACGGCCACCACUGCAGCCGCGGUGCCCGAGGAGCUCAAGCAGAAUGGCAACAUCAUUGUGCCCAUGAGUCGGCACCAGCCCCCACCCAAGACUGCACCCAGGAGAGCGCAAGACGUGGGCAGGGUGGGGGUGCCGGGCCGCACCCCGGGGGAGGACAGAGAGGGCUCAGGGACCCUCAGUACCCCGGAGCCUCCACUCCCCACUAUGGACUGGGCCGCUCUGGAGAAGCACCUGGCUGGUCUGCAGAUCCAGGAGCACGAGUUACACAAUCAGAACCAGGGCCAAGGACGGACGAACUACACCUCAGCCCAGAAGAAUGAGAGAGAGUCCAUCCGGCAGAAGCUGGCACUGGGCAGCUUUUUCGACGAUGGGCCGGGGAUCUACACCAGCUGUAGUAAAAGUGGAAAGCCAAGCCUGUCGUCACGGCUCCAAAGCGGGAUGAACCUGCAGAUAUGCUUCGUCAAUGACAGCAGCAGUGACAAGGACAGCGACGGGGAUGACAGCAAGACGGAGACCAGCCUGGACACCCCACUUUCCCCUAUGAGCAAGCAGAGCUCAUCCUACUCGGACAGGGACACCGGAGAGGAGGACUCCGAGUCUCUGGAGGACAUGGACUUCCUGAGCCGGCAGAAGAAGCUGCAGGCGGAAGCCAAGCUAGCCUUAGCUAUGGCAAAACCCAUGGCCAAGAUGCAGGUGGAAGUGGAGAAGCAGAACCGGAAGAAGUCACCUGUGGCUGACUUGCUCCCCCACAUGCCCCACAUCAGCGAAUGUCUAAUGAAACGGAGCCUAAAGCCCACGGACCUGAGGGACAUGACCCUGGGGCAGCUUCAAGUCAUCGUCAAUGACCUGCACUCCCAGAUAGAGAGUUUGAAUGAAGAGCUAGUUCAGCUGCUGCUGAUUCGAGAUGAACUCCACAUGGAGCAGGACGCCAUGCUGGUGGACAUUGAGGACCUGACUAGGCAUGCCGAGAGUCAGCAGAAGCACAUGGCUGAGAAGACCCCAUCCAAAUGAGAUGCUUCCUGCUGAAUCCCUGCCCCAUUCCCAGCCCUCAGCACCCCAGACGCCCAGCUCAGAACAAGGCCGUGUCUUCAUUUGCUUUCGUGGUUGUAAACUUGCUGAAGAAGGAACACUUCUUGGGAGAAGAAAACAAACUAAGUGUUAGUCCUAAAUACUGUCCGAAGCUUUCUGUGCAGUGGAUUGGUCUUGCUUCUCUAUCAUUUCUUUUUAACCUUUUACCUUUGCCACUAAAUUAUACUUGUCAAUAUGUCAAAAUGUGUAUGUAUAUGUACAUAUACUUACACAAAUUGGUGGACAACAAUAGUAAGAUAGGAAAUGGGAGGAAAGUAUACAAAUCUGACAUCAGAAAUUUAUGUUGGACAGUAUUUUCAAGUUGGCCUCUAUUCUGCACAAAUAGUUUUCAACUGAGAAGUUAAUUUGAAGGUGCUAAUGGAGUCCAGAUGGUACACACCUGCCUUGUAGUCAAGUUGUAGCUUUUGUUAAUAUGUUCACUCUAAUCGGUCUUCAACAUUUUGUGAAUGUUGAUUUUUCUGACACAAUUCAUUUCAAAAUGUGUCAAUAUCAUUUUCAUCCAAUUGUAUUCAAAAUCUUAUUUGAAAAAAAAAAUGUACAGAUAUGUAAAAUAAAAAAUAAAAACUUUGUUUCAUAUGCAA